CCAAAAAUGGCCCAAACGUUAACAGCUGACCUACUCCCUCCCGUUUCUUUCACGAACCGCGAUAAAGUACAAAACAAAAUCACAAACGGAGAGAAUUGGUCCGACUUUUUGCCCUCCGCCUUCUCCUCGAUUCUCUUCUGAGAACUUUCCUCAUCAAAUCUCGAUGGCCGUCGACGAACUCGAAUCAGGGUCGCCGCCCGAUCGCCGGCCGGAUCCGUACGGAUCCGUCGUGCUCGGCGGCACGUUUGACCGCCUCCACGACGGGCACCGUCGCCUCCUCAAGGCCUCGGCCGAGUUGGCUAGAGAGAGGAUCGUGGUUGGGGUCUGCGACGGGCCGAUGCUAGUAAAAAAAGAGCUAGCUGAGCUGAUUGAACCCAUUGAGACUAGGAUGAAGGCAGUUGAGGAUUAUAUCAAGUUCAUCAAACCAGGGUUGGUUGUGCAAGUGGAGCCCAUUAUGAAUCCUUAUGGCCCAUCCAUAAUUGAUGACAAGCUAGAUGCUAUUAUUGUCAGCAAGGAAACCUUGGCAGGUGGUCAUUCGGUAAAUAAGAAGAGAGCAGAAAAAGGUCUUCCAGAAUUGAAGGUGGAAGUUGUUGAUCUUCUGCCAGAAGAAACAAGCGGGGAGAAGCUAAGCUCGUCUGCUUUAAGGAGGCUUGAGUUUGAGAGCUCAAAGCAAUCCAAAGAGCAGCCCAUAGCAAAGCAUGAAAAUAACAACGAAGAAGAGGAAAUGAAACUGAUUCUUCAUUAAUGAUAUCUUCUUUAAAGUCUCCAUAGCCACAGGACUGACCUCGUACCAGCAAACAUGCACACAAGUGAGUGAUGAAGCCUUAUGCUUGUGACCGAUGUGGUUUUGUGAUUUAAUAUAUAUUUGAUCCUUGGAGUCGUCAUUCAAUUGCCUAUCAUAGUGCCGUUGUAUAAUUUCUUAUCCUACGUCGCUUUCAUCACGGGUAACAAAGUGCAUGAUACCUAUCAGAGUUCAGGAUUGGUUGAAACUGUAAUUUUUCUUCGUCAUUGAAGCUUGCAAAGUUUGCAGGUAUCUUGCCAUUCUUUGAGAAACUAUUUGUUUUAUGUAUAUUGACACUCUCUGUAACUUAUCAAUCAUGUUUGAGUUUCUG